GGAUAAUAUCGAUUAACCCAUCUGCGGCUUGACGCACGUUUGAUAAGUGCGAUCAUUUGGGAAAUUCGAAUUGGUGGGAACAAGCACAUAUGCUAAAUAGCCACUGGUCUUUGUUUUUGUACAGUCGGUACACACGGACUUCACUCACAUAUCCAGCAGGCAACCGCCGCAAGUAGAGCUCUAAAUCAACGACGGAUCAAAGCGAAAAAGAGCAGAUUUCCACGAAAGGUUUUAUAAGUGAAAGGUAUGGACAUUGUACACGCACCAUUUGCAAUUUCAAUUUUUUUCAAGACUGGUUAACAGAUGACACGAACUUCUACACUAAUGUUGUCUUGUGCAAUCAGGGUGCCGCAGGUUUUCAGUAAGCUUGUAAAAAAGACUCUUAAGCUCCGCGCCAUGCUCGUGUUGAAAGAUUUCACGUCCUACUUUGCUAUUCAGUUUUCGACGCAUUUCGUGACUAUGCGAACGAGCAUAUGAGCAGAACACGAAUAAAUCGCAAAUGCUUAGAGUACUAGGCGCUUUUUCAUUUCAACGCAAUUUUCUCUCAAGUUGCUGCGCGGAAGCAAAUUAACUUAAAGCAGGUUUUUAGCCCAUGUUGGACAGAUGAACAAACACACCGUGAGCGCAAAGCAAAAGAGGCACACAGGGUUAAACAACGUAGUUUUACGAAUUCUUUCCAAUUAAACAGUGGUUUAAAAAGGUCAAGAUUAGACAGAUCUUCGGCCGGAAUUUCCGCAAUAUGUUACACCCCGCUCAGUAAAAAAGCUGUUUAAGGUGAAAUAACGUGUUUUAAUGUGGUAAACAUGUUUGCCGAACAGGAUUUACAUUAACAGAAAUAAUGUUUGGUAAAGUAAACCCACCUAUCCAGCAACAAUCAAUGCAGUGCUAAAUGUCUGUCAAGGGAAAGAUUGGAUUUCUAUGAGCCUAAACUUAUCGUACGUAACAUCUUUUUCUGAUAUAGAUUUUCAUCAACUGUAUAUGCACGAAGCAUGACCUAUCCUCCUUUUGGGGCCACGAAAGAAAUGAAAAUUCACAACGGACUUCACAAAGCCGUGUAAACUUUUCAGAUUUCAAUGAAGUCCUUUGAUUUACAAAUAUGGCCAUCCGUUGUUUAAAGGCUGUGAAAAAAAAACGGUAUUUCGCUAGCAAGUCCAUUUACUUUAAUUCUUGCAAAAACUUAAUGGGAAUAAAAUACUCUUGCAUUCAAUUUAGUUUCAAGAGUACCAAUUAAGCAGGGCUUGAGAACAGCCCCAGUCUGUAGUCCGAACGAGUAGUUUUGGUAGAUCAUGUUUACUGGCUUAGCAAGUGACUUUUAAAACUCACUUGGCCAAAGGGGAGGGGUCAAAGCAACUCAUUCUCUAACAAAAUCAUUAACCAAGACCAGCAAGAAGUGGCCUCGGACAAGCAACAUGUAAAAGCUGCUUACCCAAUUAAGGACAAGCUUCAAUUCAAGUUUUUUUUUCGAAUCCUGAUUAAGUCGCCAUACUUGAUGGAUCAAACCGAGGCAGCUUUCUUUCACAUAUUCCUUCAAGCUAAUGUAAAUUUUGUCUCGACGAUCGAUGUGCAGCUUGUGCAGCUGUGUUCUUCUUUGUGCAAAUCAUGAUGACAAUGCAAACUGAACUGAUGCCUACAUCUCCGGUUAAUGGAGAAAAAACUUUAAGUUUUUUUUUUAAUCCGCGAACACACGUUUCAGAGUUCGAUAAGGUUCGAACCUCAUAUUUAUUAUAAACCAUACGAGAAAGCGCUUACGCCCACAGAAGGCAUACAAAUACAAGCAAAAAAACCACAACCAAACAAAUUUAUUUAUCGAGGAAGACACUUCGUGACAGUUUAACACACCCAAGAACUGAUUAGAGAAGUAUUGAAUGUAAAAGGUCAUUAAGGGUCAAAAAUAGCGGAAGACCAGUAAGCACUGAGAGUCUGUACGAACAGAAAAAUAGGAGAACACAUUCGGUGGACAAAAUUGUUUAGACACACAGUAUUAGCUCUUGACUUUGCAAAGGUCAUUUUUGACUUGAGAAGGCAGUUUAGACUGAUGCGCAAUCAAUAAGGUACCUCAAGGCUUAUUCCGUGUGUUUACGAUAUCUCCGCACGAUACCACGUUAUUUGUUGAACUCGCGGGAAACUCGCUGAUGACGUUUGCUUUCUUUUUCAAUUCAACAGAAAACAUCGGUGUGCCCCGCAAAAGCAUUACUUUGUAAACGCAAUUUCCUUAAAGGUUAAUUUUUACUGACGCGGUUUUGGCUACGCACGUAAAUUUUAAUCACGUAAAUAAAAGAGAGGCAAGAAAAAAAAAGUGCUGAGCUUAAACUAGAGGUUGAUCGAGGUUCAACUUUUACGAUUACGAGCGACCUUUCAUGCAUUGCUUCCAUUUUGUCUGCGAACGUAAAUUUUACGCAAGUACGCACGUAAAAAUUACGCGGCACUGGAAAUCAUUUUUCUGCUGGAGUCCUUCACUUAAAUUGUAAGCGACGCCCGCAACCAACGUAUGACAUAUAUUGUAGAUAAUUGGGCGUCUUCAAGUCUCUUUCCGCUUAUAUAUCUUCUGCUAGUCAAACACUGUAAUGGAGUUCUCAAGCACCGCACUUUAAUUGGUGCAAGUAAAAACAAGAAAGAACAACUCGGAGAUGACUAUAUCUGUUGAUCCCGGAUACCUUACAAUGUUUUGCCUGUAAACUUUGCUAAUAGCGUUUGCGAUAAGCGUUCAAGCAAUGGUUACUGUAGACCUUUAAAUUUUAGUAAACUUAUAUUCACAUGCUGUGAAAAGUGAUUUCAUUUCAAAAAGCAUAAGAAAAGUUAAUUUCUGCGAUUGUACUUUUAAUAAAGAAAAGAGUAAAUUGCUAAUAAAGCCGAGAAUAAACGAUUGUCAAUCUCUCGUUUCAUUUAUGAAAAUACACUCACUCACUCAGUCGUGUUUACAUUUCAAGAGGGCAAUGACCAGAGAAGUUUAGAAAGUCUACAACUCUAACAUUCCAUGCUCUGAAACCUGCAGAUAAGAUGCACGCGUUUGUUUUAUAUGUGUUGGAAUAAUAAACUUCUUUUUUUUUUCUGUCAUAAUCAGAUUUUUCCAGGAUAAUAUAAAGCCAAUUAGACGGUGGCCGGAAUUAGUGCUGUGUAAUUCUGCUUCAAUCAAGGUAAGAAUUGAAAUAUCGCGCCAGCCGACCAAGAUAACCCGUUUUCCAAAAAGUCAAACCUUAGCAUGAAAUAUCAACUUUGUUUUUUUUGUUCAUUCUCCGAUGAAAAACGUUAGAUUUGUAGAUAGCCAUUUAAUGAAACACUUUUAGUAGUACUUUCACUUGAUAUUGUUUUUAUUUUCAAGUUCUUGCAAAAUUUGAUUAGCAUUUUUUUUUUCAAAUGUGGGCUUUGAGUUAUCUUCAACCCGGGCUCUUCAUCAAGGAUAUAUUUAUUGGCGCAGGACGUAAACAGUUCAUUGGCAAAACGGCAGUAAUUGAUCCCUUUGUUCAAUGGAUAAUUGCUCUCCUCAAUUCCUAAGCUUUUGUUUUGCUUUAUCAAACUGCUUACGUUGAUGAGAAAAUUAACAUGAAAGCGCUUACUUCUUUUGAUAGCAACUCAAGCGCUCCGUGCAAGCCUCAGAGAAAGGAUGUCUGGGAAUAGUACUACAAACACAACCAAUGCCUCACCAGCGAUGGCCACCAUCGUGGCUUCGGCGACUUUCAACACGCUUGUUAUGCUGCUAACCAUCAUAGGCAACAUUCUUGUGUGCUUCAGUGUGUAUUAUUUUCCACGUCUUCGAAGGCCGACUAACUACCUGAUCGUUUCAUUGGCCGUCAGUGACCUGUUGGUGGGUUCUCUUUCCCUUCCGUUUAGGAUCGCACAGACUGUCAACGGCGAGAAGUUUCCUAAUAGUCUGGGUCAUGCCGGCUGCCAGUAUUGGAUAUGGAUUGAUAUGCUCUGCUGUGGUGCGUCCAUUCUUAACCUGGUUAGCAUCAGCGUCGACCGCCUGCUAGCGGUGAAAUGGCCGCUCACUUACCAUGAAAACAUGACUUCUAAGCGAGCCCUUUUGGUUAUAGUUUGCGUAUGGGCAUACGCGCUCCUUGUUGCCUCCCUUUCGUUUGUAAAGUGGGGAGGAAAAGAAACUAUCGUGAUCGCGCCGCAGUGCUCCAUAAAAACAAAGGUUUACAUUACUAUCGUGGCGUUCGCGGCCUUUUUCGUUCCUUUGGCCGUUCUCGUCUUUAACUAUGUCCUGGUGCUUAAGAUUGCAAUCGGCCACGCUCGACAAGUGCAAAAGGAUAAAGACGCUAUUGCUGUCAACUUUAUCUCCGAGCGCGACGCAAACGAAGAGACUAGUGGUAUUGCCAAUUCACCGACCUCGAGCACCAAGGCAAUAUCGAUAGGCAAGCGUAGCUGCGACCCCUUAACAGACAGCAACAAGCCCAGAAGAUCGUCUGGUUUGCAGAUCAUGAAGCAACUCAAAGCAACCAAGACACUCGCUAUUGUAGUAGGGGUAUUUAUCCUCUCCUGGUUUCCUUUUUUCGUUAUUUUCCUGACCUUUCAGUACUGUAAAGGCUGUUUCUCUCCAACCAAGAUUCCACCGCAGUUAAAAACUGCUAUAGUUGUAACCUUUGUCUACGUCCUGCCUGUCAGCAAUUCGGCGGCGAACCCGAUAAUUUACACGUGCUUCAACAAGGAAUUUCGCACCGCUUUUGUGCGAAUACUUUACAAAAUCACACGGAAAUCGGAAGCAAAACUCUUGGCAAAAUCAAACGGAUUUAUGGAUACAACAUAUUCUUACUGUCCGUAAGUCCAGUAAGAUAAAUAGCGUUAAAUACUUUAUUAGUCUAACUAAACAGAAAUGAAGAGCAGAAGUGAUUUGCUGGACUGUGAUUUUCAGUUUCGAGAGCCGCUCUACACAUAUCGCAUUUUAUACGACCUCCGUUGUUUCUGUUGUCAAAAUAAAUGUGAUAUACACAGAUUCAUGAGCUACUAAUGCAUAAUUAUUGCAAUGUGAUUUACGUUUGAACAACGGACCUUUGAAUGGAGACCAUAAACAUUAACGAGUACUCGUGUUAUGACAUUACAAACAAAAAGCAAACAGGCUGUUAGAAUUUCAGAGGUUAAAAAAUUAAGCACGAUAUCUUUCCUGUGUAAUUCCGUUAAAGAAUUGGGACAAGAAAUAAGCCAUUUUCUUUUAGAAAAAGAGGAUUCCCUAGAGACUUGAAACUUUAAGAGUUUGUAAUUACGCAAAAAUAUACUUGUGAAAGCUUUGUCUUCCCUUCAAACUCGCGAUUAAUGCAUUAGAAGGGAACAGCAUUCUGCUAACGCGACGCGUUCGGUAGACGAUUUUCACAACUGCAAAGAAAGGUUCCUUUUUGUUUUCUUUUAAGUUCUUUGUACUUGACUGUAAUUACAUUUACGUCUUAUCAUUGUUGUUUCAGUGUUUCUAUAAGCGAUUGGACAAAGACGACAGCAAGAGUUUUCUUAUUAAGGCUUACCGGAUAUAAUUAAAAUUAAAGACCCCACUUCACUAUCAGGUUAUUCGACCUGUGUUUCAUUCCAAUUCAGUAUAGGGUUUACACAUUGGCAGCCUGGUCUAAAGCCAAGUUUGCCCUAAAAUGUGGCUUCAGUAACUACUUGCUUUUCUUUUUCUUGUUCAUGUCGUUUAAUCUAAAAUUCCCGCAAACACUUGAUGGAGCAAGUAACUGCAGACAAGGAGGCACUUACAAGCAUCUAAGAAACGCAACGUUUGCCACGAUGCAUGUGAUAACAACUUACACUCUUUUCAAGAUUAAGAAAUCAGUGUUUCGUCUACCGACGACAACGCAAGCAGAUUACGGCAGAUUAGUUAUCGAUUACCUUGGUAUCGUGAAUUGUUUAUUUGGGCUGCAUGUUUACUCAGUACUUUAUCGCCGAGAAAUAUUUCAUUUACUUAAAACUUAGGGUUCCUUUAUAUAGAUAUAUUUUUUGUUGGAUUAACGUUUUUUUUCUUGGUUUUUAUCUCUCUUAAUUUUAAUUCUUGGUGCAUGCGCAGUAAUCUUAUAAAAUUAGACCGUAUUUCGUACAUAGCGGCAUAAACCUUGUUCGUCUUGAAUACCGCCGAGUGGAUAUCACUAUUUAAAAUGAUUUUCAAGCGUUUUUCAAGGAAUUUGGCAAGAUUAGGGAAAGAAAGGCACAAUUAGUCGAGACUGGGAAUCAGAUGGUUUAUCAUUCGGGGUAAACAUCUUUGCAGCAGAGAGCAACGGAAGUCUUAAUUAUAGAUGUGGAUGUUAACUUUUCUAUCCAUCUAAAGGGACUGAACGAUAAAGAAAGCGAUCAUAUUUAAAAAACAUACCAUUACAAAGCCUCAGUAGAUGAUAAAUAACGUACAGCGUGAUGUAUUUGUAUGAAACGCUGUAAAUCAGCGGUAGCCUGGCUUUCACUGGGGGUAAAAACGAGUGAGAAGCAUCAUUCACAAUAGCAGCCUAAUUCUCUUCUCGACAAAUGUCAUUGACAAAUUCUCUUUGGUAGUGUACAUGUAUAUGGCUUACAGUUUGUUUCUAGACAGUUGCGUAUUCAUUUACAAAUACAUUGUGAACCUGUGAUAUCGGACAGCCAAUUUCUAUACGUCCGUGGCGUUUUCUUGACAAGAGACUUGUAGAGCUGGAAAAAUCGAUGAGCUUUUCCUUAACAAGCCUCGUUGUUUAAUACGUCAGCUUUAAAACACGAAGACUUGUCAACAAAAAACUUGCACUUGGAAUAUUUUUCUAUCUGCAUUACCAAAGAAAAUUUGACAAGAAAAAAAUUGCCAAUGUAAAUGAGGAAUUAAAAAACUCUAUUCUCUCCUUUAUUAAUAUAUUCUACUGCUAUAUCAUAUAUUUGGUGAAAUUAUUUGGUGUAUUCGCAGGUUAUGGUAGGACAUUAGUGAUAAAUGUUUGUCGCUAGGUCCGUGCUGCAAGACUGUAUGUAAAGAUUAUCAAGUAAACAUUUAAUAAACGGCAAAAAAUAAUUGGAAACUGAUCAGAAACAAUCGAUGAAGUUUGUAUUUGUUUACAAACUUCAUCGGACUCGCGUGUGCAACUGUAUGUUCAUACCCUGUGAACCUUGUUCUUCAGUUGAUGGUACUAAUUAAAUAAUCAUGCAUAUUCGUUUCUGAAGGCCUGAAUACGGUAAUCCUGUAGUCUUAGUCAUUAGUUUAAUUGCAGUUAUUUUAGGCUAUUUUUUAGCGAUCAGUUGAAAUUUAAGCCAUUGCUCAGCAAUUAAUUUAUUUCGCAAAUAGCGCUUUUCAGCUUAAAGCAUACUUUAUCAGCGAGUGCUGUUUGUCCGGAUCUUACGCUUUAGUACAGAUCCACCUUGAAAUUUAGUGAUGCUUACUUAAUU